GGGGUUGGGGCCCGCGUUCCCUGGGGAGGCGUGUUCCUGGAGCACCAGCAGCAGCUACGGUUCCCAUGGAGACGGGGCCUGCUCAGCACAGACCCGCCGCCGCUUCUAGAGCAACUCGCUCAACAAUGUUACAAAUGAAGAAAGAACUAAAUGAACUUCUUGUGAGGAAAGAACAAGAAUGGGAAAAGCUACAAGCUUGCCAACUCUGUUUUCAGAAGACAACAUUGCAAGAUACCAGAAAGCAGCUUCAAGAAAUGCAUAAAAAAUUCAACAGGUUAAAAGAAGAUUUCACCUAUAAUCUGAGAGUUCUGGAAGAGAGAGACAGAGAGCUGGAGCGCUAUGAUGCCAUGUUUACUCAUUUGAAAAUGGCUGAACAUGCUAAACAGGCAGAAGUUAGUGAUCUUAGGAUACAGCUGGAUAAGCUGCAACAAACACUUGUCAAGGAAACCCGGAAACAAGAGGCUCUGCAGUACCAAUAUCAACAAAAACUUAAAGAUCAUCAGUUAGAGAUGGAGCGGCUGCACAGUUCUAAGGUUUCUGACAUUGACCAUCACAGUAAGGAGUAUAAGAAGCUGAAACAGGAGUUGGAGAGAAAACUCCAAGAAGUGGAAGGAGAGCUGGCUUUGCAGAAACAGGAGCUGCUAAUGGAAUUUGAUGCAGAAAUUAAAAAGAGAGAACAUGCAUUUCAACGUCAGGCAGAUGAAAUGAGUAAUUUAGUUCUUUCUCAUGAACUCAAGGUGAAGUUGUUGACCAGAGAACUGGAGACUCUGAAAGAGGCUGGGAUGAAAGCUGCAGAAUCAUUGCAAAUAGCAGAAACUACUAAUUUGAAGUUGGAGAAAGAGGCCAAAUGCAAGGAUUGGGAACUUAAAGAUCUUGCAGCUGUGAAAGAUGCUCAGAUACAGGAUUUAGAAUGUAAACUUCAUUUAGUAUACCUGACCUGGCAAAAAGAAGAGGAAACAUUUCAGAGAAAACAUGAGGUGCUAGAUCGCUUUGCCAAGGAAAAGGAUGCAGUACUGGUUUCAGUGAAAGAAGUCCAUGCUGAGCAAAUACAGAAGUGGGAAAAUCAGAUAAGAGAACUACAAAUAUGUCAUGAAACUCUGGAAAUGGAGCUGCAUAGAAGGGAAUGCAGGGAUGCAGAUUGCUUGAGAGAGAAAGACACUGUUAUUGAAAAGCUUCAAGAAGAGCUAACAACACUGAAAAGAAGCUGGGAUUCUCAUCUAGCUCAGAUCUCCAAAGAGACUGUUUCUAAAGACCUUCAAAUUCAGUCAUUGCAUGAGGAGGAGGUGAAACUGAGGGCAGAAUUGGCCAGAUUCCAGCAGGAUAUAGAAAGGUAUAAGCAACAACUGUCUCUGGCAGCAGAACGAGAGCAGAUUCUGGAACGGGCUAAAGUGGAAGCAGAAUUGGACUGGCAGCAGCGCUGUGAAAAUGCUGAAAGAAAUCAAUAUCAGAAAUCAGAGGAUCUAAUACAGAGCCUGUCAACAGCAAGGGACCAGGUUAUAGCUCAGCUACAAGAGAAGGAACAGAAGCUGUGUGAAAUGGAAACAGUCCUGUCUGCUUUGACCUUUGAAAGAGACCAAGCAGUGCAGGCACUUCAGAAACAUGGUAUUUUGCCUGAAGGAGAGAAACAGAUGUUUCUAGGUGAUAAUAAAGGAGUUCUUGGAAAAGAUUUUCCAGCCAGAGAGAUCCAAAGGUUAAAGGAACAGAACACCAGCCUGCGGGCUGCUAUUGCAGAAAUGAGGAAAGAAAUGGAGACUCUCAGUGAUCAGACACCAUCCUCGUUCCCCAGCAAAGAAAAGAUACAAUACACACAGCAAACUGCCACUGAUGCUAAGGCUUCUACAGUUAUGUUUACUCCUGGUGCAUUUUGUGCUGAUGAAGUUUUCUCUGGAGCUCCUUUGAAGAAGCUGGAAGCCAGAACAGCAAACUUGGACUCCAUGGUAACACAGCACAUACAAAAGGGUUCAGUGAUUAAAGGGCUUCAAGAAGAGAUUGUAGAUCUCAGACAACAAUUAUCAGGGGUGGGGUCAGGCAAUGGCCCCCAGCAGUGUAUGAAUUACUCCACACAGGAGAUGCAGAGUAAACUGAAGGAAGCAGUGAGAAAGAUCUCUGUUCUGAGCCAAGAAAAGCAGCAACUAAUUGAAAUGGGAAACAAACUUCGAGCAGAACUUGGUGUAGUAUCAAAGAAAGGACUUCAGCAUUGCAUUAGCUCUAAACAGUGCCCUGUUCAUACUGUCUAUGGUGCUCUGUAUCCUAAAGAGCUUGCCAAUGAAGCACAGCAUCAACUCUCAGCUUUAGAGCAUCUACAGUACCAGCUUACAACACGGGAGCUCCAGUAUGCACAGCGACAACGUUUCUCAAGAGUGACUUCUAUGAUUGCCUUUCCUAGCUCAAUAGAGAGCUUAAGUGAUGAAAAUGUUCCAAGUACCUGUGGUGAGAGAGCAGAAUUACCCCAGAUUCAGGUUCAACUGGAAUCUUCUGUAAGAAAUUGCAGUCCAGGGCAACAAAUGGAAAGUACAUCCUCAGAAACAAACCAAUCACAGCAACUCAGUAGGGAAAGCCAGUCCCAACAGGCCUGGAUGUCAUCAUCUGGAGUACACAGCUCUCUCCAGGAUAUUUGGAAGAUUCUAGAUAUGGGAUCAAGCCCUUCUAUUCUCAGCCCUCAAAGCAACAUAGAUCAAGAGUUCAAAGCUACCCACACAGCCAAGAAGUUUGAAGAGUCUCAGCAAAAAAUUGAAACUGAGGAUCAAAAAAGAGCACCAGCUGCUGACUUGAUAGUCAAAGGAACCAACUUUGAAGUUCAGCCAAAGUUAAUAGCCAACAAAUCAUCUCAGACUCACCACAUAAAGUCAAAAAUCUCCCACCAGAUGCAAAAAAUCCGGAACUACAAUGUUAAACAUUGAUUUCUUUGACAGUAAGUUUAGCUCUGUACAAACUCUGAGUACUGUAGUGGACUGCCCCUGCCCCGAAGAGCUUACAGUCUAAAUAGAGCAGACAGCCAGAGGGUGGGGGAAGGGGUAGAACUCGCUAGCAGAAUGAACAAGGUGAUGGCAGCAAAUGUGGGGUUAGUUCCACAGUUUAAUUUUUAUUGUUUAUUUGUUCACUCACAUAUUUUGGGAGGGUUUACUUAGGAGGUACUUACUUACCUACUUACUUACUUACUAAGGUUUACUUAGCUAAAUGGAAACGGAAGGGAAGUGAGGGAGGUGGGGCCGGGGAGAAGAGGAUAAGAGAGGCAAGUGUGAAGUGAAACUCAGGUGAAGGAGCUGUUUGGGUGAGGGUUGGACAGCCAAUCAGCACGUAAAUAAGUAAGUACAAUCAAAAGUGUGGAUGGUUCUCUGAAUGUCAAGAGGUCCUUGUUUUGGCACCUUCAGCCCCUUUGACUCCCCUCUGCACAUCUCCUCCAGGCACAGGGAAAGGAGUGGUGCACCACUUGGGUACUAGUGCCCGCAAAGUGGGGUGUCUCCCCUACACAGUUCUGGGUUCAGAAAGGUGCUGAGAGAGGAAUACCUCCAGCUGGACCCUAUUUUAUUUGUUUAGCUUUAUUAAAUGUCAGUUCAUCCACCUGCUUUCUGGAGGUUAGUAUAGAUUCCCAGCUACUAAAGAUUUAAACUCUUGUGCCUUUAGGCAGAGCUUGCAAUUUUUAGCAAAAUUUUGUUGAGAAACACUGGAGUGUGGAUUUGACAGGGGAAAAUGUAUCUCUGUGGGCUACCUUAGCAUGCUACUUUCCUACACUUACUAACAUUGCACUCAUUCUACAUAUUGUAACAAUCAAUUCUCUGUAGCUGCUUAAUAUUCAUUUUAAAGCCAGGGGUAUAAAGAGAUUGGCCCUGAUUCUGCACUAGCUUGUACUUUCUGUAGUCAUUUAUGCUUGUGCAAAAUGGGUGUAAAAUGCUACAAAAACAGAAUACUCCAUUCACUUACACUGAUGGUAUUGAUUAGCACAGGUGUAAGUGACAUCACAAGUUUCAAGACUGUGAGAAUCAGGCUGAUUAAUAAUACUUAGAAUCUUUCAUUAGAUGAACUAAAAGCAUUGUACAAAUAACACAUGUUUACAACACGUUUCCAUCUGAAAUUGCAGGAAAAAUUUUAUGUGAAUUGUAAUUUAACCAGCACACCACUGUACUUAUGAAAAGUGUCAUGACAUUUGAAUGAUCAUGAGUUCUCAGGAUCGCUCUUUUGUUUCAUUUUGAAAAUGGCAGUAUGGUACCUCCAACAGCAUUGCAGGAAGAUUGGUAUUGGUUUGGUACUAAGGCCCUGACUCUCCAAACACUUAUUCAGGUGCUUAACUUUACUACUGUGAGUGGUCCUAUUGAAAAGAAUAGGACUACUCGUGGUAGUAAAAUUAAUAAUGUGUGUGUUUGCAGGUUGAGACUAAGAUGGAAGAAAGAAUCUGGAAGAAAGAAUACUGAAUCACCUGCACUUAUUCCUGCAGCAUAUUGGUGCUCCUUGAAGGCCUCCUAUCCAAAUUCUGUCUCUAGACAACCCUGCUCAGGUUGAGAUCUGAAAGGAACACAGUACAAAGUUGUACAGCUGGCUGUAGGCAGCUCAAGAAUAACUUGAAAAAAUUGUUCAAUGUUCUGUUCAAAAAUGUUUUGCUUUAAUAUAUAGAUAAUACAAAUGGUAAUACAAAUAAUAUGGUAUUACAAAUAAUAAAUAGUAAUAAGUUGCAUGCUUAGUAGCCAUUAUUUCAUUGUGCUUUUAUCAUGUUGUAUUGGAUCUGAGGUGUCCUCUGUACCCUUUCCCAAUUUAUUUUGCUUGAAGGUCCCAUCAUCAGAUUAAAUAUUUUUUACAUUGUUCCUUCAUGGACCAGAACAACAUGAUGCAUUCUCCUCACACAGAGCCUGCUGUGACUGCAGUUCAAAGCACAGUGGUUUCCAGCAAGCAUAGGAAUUUUGGCCUGACAUCAUAGUUACAGCCAACUGUUGCUAUACAGUUUGCCUGAAUUCAAAAGUUUUGAAAUAAUUAUAUAAUAUACACUCCAGCAACUUAGCAACUCUUAUUUCCAAUGGUUUCAAUUUGAACAUGAAGAUUUAGAGCAGCUCGGUAUGAUGUGGUCUGCAUCCUGUGAGAAGUGCGAGGCUGAAGCAUUAAUAUGGUGAUACCCUAAUGAGGAAAGCCACAUUCCCAUUCAAUGAAUUGUUAUAACAACAUUCUGACAUCUGGUUGACCCUUAGAAAAAGCUUUUCCUACUGAACUGGUCUGUAUGUCCUAUACACUGGGUGUUUAGCUCAUGAGUUGCAGAUUUCAAAAGUGGUUUUGGAUUUUAAAAUCUUUCACUUAGCAUGCCUGUUUGUGCAGCUCUCUUGCCAGGAAGGCAAUUUUUGUUCAUUCAGCUUUCCUGAGCAACUUCUGCUUUAGCAAACCGUAGAUGGUGGCAAGAAAUGUUUUUGUUUGAUCCCUUCAUUCCAUUUUCUUCUUCUGAUGGUAAGAGACAGAAUUUUAUUUUAUUGCAGUUCCCAGGAGCUGAGAAUAACUCUUAAAUUGGUGUUGACCCAGCAGGAAUGGUACAAGAACAAACAUACAAGUAGUAUGUACAACAGUAUGUAAAUAACUUGUACAUGAUGUAUUGCUUGCACCCCAUCAUAUGAUAAGCCCCCAUCUAGU